AUGUCCACGACCAAUUCAAGCAAGGCCUGGGUGGUGAUGCCCUUGUACUAUUAUCCGCUGACGAAUACCACUUGGCAACCUCUCUAUGAUGCUAUCGCAGCUCACCCUGAUACCAACUUCCUCGUCGUAGUCAAUCCCAAUAGUGGGCCUGGCGACCUGCCGCUUCCCGGUCACGACUAUGUGCGCGAGGUGCCGCGCCUGAAUGCCUUUGCCAACGUCCGCACCGUCGGUUACGUUCGCAUCGACUACUGCCGGAAGCCUCUGCGCGAGAGCAUGGCAGAGAUCCGGCAGUUUGCUGACUGGGAGGUUGGCCACAACAUCCCAGGUCUUCAUGUGCAAGGUAUCUACGUCGACGAGACACCCAAUCACGUCUCCAAGGAGCGAUCUGAAUACCUUGAUGCCCUUCGCCUAUACAUCAAGCACGUGAAUGGUCUGAUGGGAGAUCGAACGGUCGUCCACAAUCCAGGCACACCUCCUGAGGGCGACCUUAGCUCGUUUGGUAAUCCCGACCUCGUAUGCAUCUCUGAGGAGCCUCACCAGUUAUACAUUGGCGAAGGUGUGCAGAAGAGAUUGGCCGAGCUUCCUCUUGAUCGUGCUCGGUCCAUCUACCAGAUCUCCGGUAUUCCGCGCGAGAAGAUACGGGAUGCUGUGCACGAAUUAUGCAAGCGAGGUCAGUAUGUCUUUGCUACUGACUUGGUGGAUGACUUUUAUGAGAGCUUUGGCCCAAGCUGGCAAGACUUUAUCUCGGCGGUUGACCAAUCUGAGAAAUGA